ACAGUCGGCAAUUAGAAAUCACACGCUAUCCAAGAUCAUGUGCGAUAACUUCAACUUUAAUCAGGUGCAAUACCCGAGUGCUUUCAUGGCCACGGACACUAGAACAUCAUGUCGCAACAUUCCCCAAUUAAACAUAGACGUUUUCAAACCAGCUACGACUACCACAACUACCACGACCACCACGACUACAACCACAACUGCACCACCGGCAACAAACCGCCCAACACAGCGUCCACCCAACAAUCGCCCACCCCCAGGCGGAGGAAGACGACCCGGGAGAACAUUCGACGAUGCUCUAGCUCAGUUGUUACGCGAGUUGGAAGAAAUGAACGAACAAGAUUAAGAAAUGAACGAACUAGAUUAGGAAAUGAACGGACAAGAUUAGGUCAAGGGGAAAUAAACGAAUUAAUGAUUUAAAACGAAAUUUAAAAAAAAAUCAAGUAAAUAAACGAACAGCUUGGAACGUUUGUUUUGAACAUAAUUAUUCCCCUUGGUGAAAUAAGCUUCCCGUGAUUAUAGAUGAUUGUUUUAAGAAUUAAAAGUGUUGUGAUAGCGAAUUUUUGGAUUUUCUGAAUUUUAUACAUUUUAAGAGCUCCACUGAGGAAAUUCAGUCAUCGGUCCGUGAGUUUUUUUAUCAUUUAUCUGAAUAGUUUUGAUAUUUUUAAUGAAUCUAAUUUUGUAAUUGUGUAAUGUUGAAAUGGUUUUAAUGAUAUGCUAGGAAACAUGUUAAUCAAUAUAUUUUUUUGGUUUGAUUAAAGUUUAACAGCAUUUCUGCUGAAAUUAUGUAACAUGUAUGUUUAUGAUGUCAGAGGAUGAUUCUAAUAUCAAUAAUUAUAAUGAUGAUGAAAAUGUUAAUAAUAAAGCUGCAACACUUAUUCUUCCUCUCAUUAU